ACACUUGGAAGUUGGUGGAGCGGUGAUUUGUAACGUUUGCGAUUCGAAGCGCGAGAAAGAAAUGCUCGUGCCAGCAUCAGGCCAGGCCAGGGAGUGACGGAUCAGAGGCAUACGAAGACGCAGAUUCUCAUGGUCAACAUUCUCCGAGACCUUUGCCCGAGCCUCAAUGAACUCGAUGAUGCCUUUUCUGUUAUAUUCUUCUGAACUCUCGUCCUCUCAUGCCCGCCUGCUCCACCAGCUGGCGCUCAUCCUCUUCUUAUUAAUUCAGCGAGUUCUUGCGUAACUUCAGAGAGUGCCUUUCUUCUGCUCGCCCUCCCGAGCUCGGGAGUCCUUUGCAGCGUCCUCGACGCCUCGCACGAAGCAGAUACAGAAGAAGAAGGAUCGAGAGAGCCAGAGAGGAGGGAGUUUCUCCGAGAGUGCAGAUUUGCUCAGCGCAUAUGCGCGACGAAUUGCUGUGCGGGGAAUUUUGAGAGGGACAGGGAUCAUGUAUCUGAUUUUGAACCGUGUUUCUUUGUUUGUGAGCAAGGUAAUCCUUAUCGACGUGUUGGACUUGGAGAGUGGGAAGUCUAUACGGGACAUGUGGUUUAGGAGUUGAUCUUUCCUAGCUGGCUGGCGCGGCAGCAGCUCGAUUUGUCGAAUAAGUUCACUUUCUGUGAGGACGGAGGAGGAGGUGGAGGAGGAGGAGGCAGAAGGACUAGGCUCUUACAGAAUCUGUAAACGGUCCGGAAGCACUGAUUUUAGAGCAAGAUGCUUUGCGGACGUAAUUGAGGUUUGUAGUUCGAGAAGCAGGUAGGGGCGAGACGUGCUGUAGCUGUGGGCGGAUUGACAGUGAUGGCAAGUCAUCAACAUUGUUGCGGUGUCUCAUUCUGGUUAUACAUCAUGAUUAUCGUUGGUCUGGUUCUGUUCGCGGGUUUGAUGUCUGGUCUUACCCUUGGUCUCAUGUCCUUGGGGCUCGUCGAUUUGGAGGUUCUCAUGCGGUCCGGCACACCUGCGGAUCGCAAACACGCAGCUAAAAUUCUCCCGGUUGUGAGAAAUCAACACUUGCUUCUGUGUACAUUAUUGAUCGGCAACGCACUUGCUAUGGAGGCACUUCCGAUUUUCUUAGACUCAUUGGUCGAAGCUUGGGGUGCAAUUUUGAUUUCUGUCACCUUGAUCCUCAUGUUUGGAGAGAUUUUCCCGCAGGCAAUAUGUACUCGUUAUGGUUUGGCCGUAGGAGCCUUCAUGUCACCAGUUGUGCGUUUGCUUGUAAUGGUCUUCUUCCCCGUCUCCUACCCCAUAAGCAAGCUUCUAGAUAAGAUGCUGGGAAAGGGUCAUGUCGCGCUUUUUCGCCGAGCGGAGCUCAAGACUCUUGUUGAUAUGCAUGGCAAUGAGGCUGGGAAAGGUGGAGAGUUGACUCAUGAUGAGACUACAAUCAUAGCUGGAGCAUUGGAACUCACUGAAAAAACCGCGGUUCAUGCUAUGACUCCAAUUUCUUCAGUAUUCUCCAUUGACAUCAAUGCAAAACUGGACUUGACAUUGAUGAAUAUGAUCAUGUCAAAUGGACACAGUCGGAUUCCUGUUUAUUCAGGAAGCCAUACGAAUAUCAUCGGUCUUAUCCUGGUAAAAAAUCUACUCGCUAUUCGUGCACAGGAUGAAGUACCUGUUCGAAACUUGACAAUCCGGAAGAUACCUAGGGUUCCAGAGACAAUGCCUCUGUAUGAUAUAUUGAAUGAGUUUCAAAAGGGACACAGCCAUAUGGCCGUCGUUGUGAAAUACAGUAAAGAGAAACAAGACAGCAUGCAGAGAAACAGAGAUGGGUCGAGGAUGGAGCGAAGUUUGAGUAGUAGAAGACAUUCCAGGCGAACUUCUGACUCGAAAGGUGUAAAUUAUAAAGUUUUGGCUCUUGACAUUCCUGAAUCGGACUUGCCCCUUUCGGAAACGGGAUCUCCUCGAAAGCGACUGUCAGUUACUGGAAGUGCAGUUUCAGAGCAGGGAGCUGUUCUACCUACGACCAUGCACAAAAUUGGUCUUCCAAAACCGGGGCCCUACCACCCUGGGCUUAAGAAUGGAGAUGAAUCUCUGCCUCCAGAGCCUUUGAUAUCCCAGAAAAGCAGAAGACGUGAUCCUGCUGACGUAAUUCUAGACAUGAGCCCAGAGUCACUUCUUAACUUUCCUCAUGAUGAGGAAGUUGUUGGCAUCAUAACAAUGGAAGAUCUCAUUGAAGAACUUCUACAGGAAGAAAUUCUCGAUGAGACUGAUGAAUACAUCGAUGUUCACAACAAAAUAAAGGUGAAUUUGCUGCCGCCAGGAGGAAGGUCUCCUGCCUCACCGGCGCCUUCAUUUCCAAUAACGAACAAUUCCUCCUUUGUACAAACGCCUGCACCAACGUCUCCUUUAUCGUCGGCUCACGCAUACACACCAGUGCAGACGCCUGUAUGGAAUUCUGCCCCAGGAUCUCCGUUGGCAGCUCUGGCCCGUACCUCCAUAUCUCAGCAGCCUUUACAACAGAAGAGUAAUUUACAGGAUAAUGGAGAGUCCGUCAAGAAAUCUGGAGGUGAUGAUCAUAAUGAUUAAAAAAUCGUGUAUUUUACUUUGGCUGUUGAUGUAACAUUGUCAUCAGCAUCAAGAGAGCUACGUCGAUUUAAGUAUUGGUACAUAAGAAAAUGGGCACAUGUAGCCUAUUGAAACAUGCGUGUAGAGAAGAGAUCACGCAAGUGUUUUUGCAUUAGUCUCUGCGGGACAGGUGCCGUCUCUGUCUUUGACAAGCUUGGCCAGACGUUGCAUCAGCUGAUUUCCAGUAGACAAGCUGUGAAUAUGAUUCGGUCUCCACAUUUUUGUGUCAGGGAGGCAUAGACGACGUCUAGUAUAUAGAUAGUCGAGAGAAGUUUGAAUAUACCUGUACAUUAAAAACGAGAGAUUGAUAGUUUUGCUAGUGUCUGCGGGCUUAAAAGAUGUAGUUAUUGUGUGGACAAAAUAUAUUAUAAAUGAUUGCAGUAUCAUUGAGCUUUAAAUCUUGUUUGUUCCC